GUAGUUGGAUGAUUCAGUCGACGUUGACAGUCCUUGGGAUAUGACUGUGCUUUUGUAGUAGAGCUAACUUUAGCUAUACCGUUAGCUGGUUGUCAGGUUUUAGGAUUACGUUGACCGAAAAAGAGGAAUUCGAGUGCCAACGCAUUAUUUGGACUAACUCGUGAUUUUCGUUAGCCUUAAGAUUUUUUUAAAUAUGACGUUGUUAAUGUUAUUGUUAAUAAGGAAGCUAACUUAACUUUAGCUAGAUGACUAGCUAGUGUGUCAUCAACUUGUGAAUCUCACAACUUAUUCACUCCAUAACAAUCCUAACGAUUCACCGUUAAGAGGUAGCUAGCAGGGAAAUUGCUAGCCGUCGUAUUAGCCAAGUAGCAUUUUAAAAACGUGCACGGAAAAGCCGAAGGAACUUAGACACAGUAAGAUUCGCUAGCAUAGUGAAGCUAGCCGGUUGGAAUUUGUGAAAUGAAAAAGGCGCAGUCUGACACAUUGGGGUUUGUUCCUCAAAAGGACAUCGUAUACAACAAACUUCUGCCCUAUGCAGAAAAGCUAGAUGAUGAAUCAAAUGAUAUUUUGAGUAAAAUAAAAGGAAACUUGUGCCGAGCUGUACAGCUCAGAGAGAUAUGGCCCGGUGUGCUGUUUUGGACAAGGAAACUCUCCACGUAUAUGAGACUGUAUGGGCGGAAGUUCAGCAAAGAAGACCAUGUGCUGUUCAUCAAGUUGCUCUACGAGCUAGUGACGAUCCCCAAACUGGAGAUCAGCAUGAUGCAGGGCCUUGCUCGGCUUCUUAUCAACCUCCUCAAGAAAAGAGAGCUACUGUCACGGGAGGACCUUGAGUUGAACUGGAGACCGCUGUAUGAGCUGUACGACAGGAUUCUCUUCUCCAAGACAGAGCAUCUGGGUCUCAACUGGUUCCCCAAUUCUCCAAGGCCUCGUUCAUCCUCUAAACACUUAAUGAUAAAAUUGGUUCAGAGGUGCUCUGUGGAAAACGUGCUGAAAACACUUGUGAAAAGCUGCAGACCAUACUUUCCGGAGUCUGCUACUCAGGAGAUGCUGGAUGAAUGGAGACCACUCCUCUGUCCCUUUGAUGUCACCAUGCUAAAAGCCAUCAGCUACUUUGAACUCUUUCUACCCACGACUCUGCCUCCAGAGCUGCACUGCAAGGGGUUCAAGUUGUGGUUCGAUGAGUUCAUAGCUUUAUGGUUGUCUGUGCAAAAUCUUCCAAGCUGGGAAAUGCAUCUGGUCAAUCUCUUUGCUCGCUUGUCCAAUGACAACAUCGGCUACAUUGAUUGGGACCCUUACAUCCCGAAGAUUUUCACAAGAAUCUUGAGGAGUUUGAAUCUCCCUGUGGGCACCAGUCAGAUGAUGGUAGCACGAUAUGUCACCAAUGCCUACGAAAUCGGCCAUGUGGUGCUUUGGGUCUCAUCGCUCCUGGGAGGACCCAGCAAGCAGGCUCAGGAACAGCUCAGUGGCCUUUUCAACAGUAUUACAUCCUUCUUCCACCCGUCAAACCAUGGCCGCUGGUUGAUGAAACUCAUGAGGCUGCUCCAGCGUCUCCCAGCCAGCGUGGUGCGGCGGCUGCACAGAGAGCGCUACAGGAAGCCCACAUGGCUGACACCAGUCCCAGACAGCCACAAGCUCUCAGAGGAGGAUAUCACAGCCUUUGUGGAGAGCAUGAUGCAGCCGGUGCUGCUGGCUAUGUUCAGCAAGACGGGCAGCAUGGAUGCAGCCCAGGCCCUGCAGAACCUCGCUCUGAUGAGGCCUGAGCUGGUUAUCCCCCCCGUGCUUGAGAGAACAUACCCGGCUCUGGAGACUCUCACAGAGCCCCACCAGCUGACGGCCACUCUGAGCUGCAUGAUUGGAGUGGCACGGAGCCUAGUGUCAGGUGGGCAGCGCUAUCCUGAGGGGCCCACUCACAUGCUGCCCCUGCUCAUGAGGGCUUUGCCGGGCGUUGACCCAAAUGAUUUCAGCAAGUGCAUGAUCACAUUCCAAUUUAUUGCUACUUUUGUGACUCUUGUGCCUUUGGUGGACUGUUCGUCCGCCCUACAUGAAAGAACUGACUUGACAGAGGUGGAAAGGGAGAUGUGCUCAGCCUCAGCAGAGUUUGAAGACUUUGUGCUUCUAUUCAUGGACAGAUGCUUUGCCCUGAUAGACAGCAGCACUCUGGAACAAACCCGUGAGGAAACAGAAACAGAGAAGAUGACUCAUUUGGAGAGUUUGGUAGAGCUCGGCCUGUCUUCCACCUUCAGCACCAUCCUCACCCAGUGCUCCUUGGACAUCUUCAAGGUUGCUCUUAAAAAGGUGUUCAACUUUGCAACCACCAACAUCUUUGAGACACGAGUAGCUGGCAGAAUGGUGGCUGACAUGUGCAGAGCCGCUUCCAAGUGUCACCCUGCAGAGUCACUCAAGUUGUUUGUGCCACACUGCUGCAAUGCCAUAAACCAAAUCGCUGAGAAUGAGGAAGUGUUGAAUGAGGAGGAGCUUGACAAGGAGUUGAUGUGGAAUCUCCAGCUACUGUCUGAGGUGACCCGGGUUGAUGGCGACAAAGUCCUCCCCUAUCGCUCCGAGGUGGUCCAGAUUUUGCAGUUGACGCUCCACCUCAAGUGUAAGCAGGGCUACACUCUGGCCUGCAACCUGCUGCACCACCUCCUCCGCUCCUCAGCCCUCCUCUACCCCAAAGAGUACUGCAGUGUGCCAGGAGGCUUCCACCAGCCAAUCAGUGACUACUUACCCAUCAAGGACUGGGGUCGGCCUGGAGACCUGUGGAAUUUGGAUAUCCGGUGGCAUGUGCCCAGUGUUGAGGAAACAUCCUUUGCGUUUUACUUACUCGACCUGAUCCUCCAGCCUGAGCUCCAGCGCCUUCAGAGAUUUGCACAGGGAGAACAGGACAUGAGCAGAGAUGACGUCCUACAGAGCCUGACUAUCAUUCAGCACUGCCUCCUCGGGGCUGGGAGUCUGAUGCCUGCACUGAAGGGAGAGACCAUCCCUAAACUGGUCCAAAGUAUGGUGAAUCUAGAUGAGACCACCCUCUACACUGGAGUAGAGUAUGAUGACACCAGAGAGAACUACAGAGAUGCUGUGUGCAGAGUGAUGAGACAGCUGCUGAAUUACAUCCUGGAGCACUCUGAAGACGACACCAAGUCUCUUUUCUCCAUCAUCAAGAUCAUCAGCGACCUAUUGCAAUUCAAAGGUUCUCACAAACAUGAGUUUGACUCCCGCUGGAAGAGCUUCAACCUUGUGAAGAAAUCAAUGGAAAACAGACUUCACGGCAGAAAGCAGCACAUCAGAGCUCUGCUAAUAGACAGAGUCAUGCUCCAGCAUGAGCUGCGGAAGCUGACAGUGGAAGGAUGUCAGUACAGGAGCAUUCACCGGGAGCUGAUGAGAGAUCUGUUGAGGCUGUCCACAAGCACGUACAGCCAAGUACGCAGCAGGGCUCAAAAUGUGUUGUUCACGGCACUGGGGACCUACAAUUUCUGCUGCAGAGAUCUGAUCCCCCAUGUCCUGGAGUUUCUGAACCCGGACAACAGCAGUGUCUCACAGCAGCAGUUCAAAGGUGCCUUGUACUGUUUCCUGGGGAACCACAGUGGAGUGUGCCUGGCCAAUUUGCACGACUGGGACUGCAUUGCUCUGACGUGGCCCGCCAUCGUGCGCUCUGGCCUCAGCUCAGCCAUGUCUCUGGAGAAACCCUCCAUUGUGCGGCUCUUUGAUGACCUUGCAGACAAAAUCCAUCGCCAGUACGAGACCAUCGGCAUCAACUUUGCUAUUGAGGGUGAGUGCUCUACUGUGGCCAAACGACUCAUGAUCACUGGAAAUCCUCUUCCCAAGGAGCCUGUUCCUUCAGAGGAGGAAGUAGCAGAGGGUGGGAAAAAGCAGGAGCUCAAGAAUGCAGAAUGUGUUCAGAACUACCAUCAGCUCAUUGGAGAUCUGCUGGAAUUCCUCAACAACAGCAACAUGCCUUGGAAGUUCGAACACAUUGCAAUCGGCUUCCUGUCAUUGCUGCUGAGAGACGACCGCCUGCUCCCACCAGCUGCCGUCACGUUCUUCGUCAAAAGCCUCAACCAUGACUCCCUCUAUGUUCGCAAGGUGGCGAUAUCCGCUGUGGCAGGGAUCAUGAAACAGAUAAAGAGGCCGCAUAAGAAAGUCCCCAUCAGCCCCUCAGAGCUCUGUGGAGGGAAGGAGCUGAGUGGUAAUGUAGCAGGGGAUCGUCAAGACAACAAGUGGCUCCAGUAUGACAGCAGCAGCCUGCCACGCACACAGAAGGACUGGGAUGCCUGUGUGUUCGUGGAGAAAACUCACUGGGGAUAUUACAGCUGGCCAAGAAAACUGAUGAUAUAUGCCCCACUGGAGGAGCAGCCCAAACAGAACCUGACCAGAGAGGAAAUGACAGAGCGGGAACAGAUCAUCUUUGACCACUUCUCCGACCCAGUCUUCAUCAAUCAGUUCAUCGAGUUCCUCUCUCUGGAGGAGCGUAAGGGAAAGGACAAGUUCAGCCCUCGCAGGUUCUGUCUCUUCAAGGGAUUGUUCCGCAAUUUCGGAGACAUCUUUCUUCCCCUGCUGCGGCCACACAUGGAGCGCCUGGUGGCCGACUCCCACGAGAGCAAGCAGCGCUGUGUUGCAGAGAUCAUCUCAGGGCUGAUCAGAGGCAGCAAGCACUGGAGCUAUGCAAAGGUUGAGAAACUUUGGGAGCUGUUGUGUCCGCUGCUCCGUACGGCCCUGUCCAACAUCACCAUAGAAACGUACGCAGACUGGGGAACCUGCAUUGCCACAGCCUGUGAGAGUAGAGACCCACGCAAGCUCCACUGGCUGUUUGAGCUUCUGAUGGAGUCUCCUGUCAACGGAGAGGGGGGCUCCUUCGUCGACGCCUGUCGUCUGUAUGUGCUGCAGGGAGGCCUUGCUCAGCAGGAGUGGCGUGUUCCAGAGCUGCUCCACAGGUUGCUUCAAUACCUGGAGCCCAAACUCACACAGGUGUACAAGAAUGUACGGGAACGCAUUGGCAGCGUGCUCACGUACAUCUUCAUGAUCGAUGUCAACUUGCCAUGCACUCAGCCGACCACGUCCCCGCGCAUCUCCGACUUCACCGAGCGGAUUCUGCUGCAGCUGAAGCCUCUCACCGAGGGCGACGAGGAGAUCCAGAACCACGUGGUCGAGGAGAACGAGGUGGGAGAGCAGGACGAGAGGACGCAAGCCAUCAAGCUGCUCAAAACAGUGCUGAAGUGGCUGAUAGCGAGUGCUGGUCGCUCCUUCUCCACUGCGGUCCCAGAACAGCUACGGUUGCUUCCCCUGCUCUUCAAGAUUGCUCCCGUCGAGAAUGACGACAGUUACGAUGAACUGAAGAGGGAUGCAAAGACCUGUCUGUCUCUGAUGUCUCAGGGACUCCUUUACCCAGAGCAGAUCCCUAUGGUCCUCAGGGGCCUGCGGGAGAUUGCUGGCAGCAGCUCCUGGCACGCUCGCUACACGGUGCUCACAUACCUCCAGAUUAUGGUGUUUUACAACCUGUUCACCUUCAUGAAUGACCAGCAGUCAGUGAAUGAAGUCCGGGCGCUGGUGGUACGACUGCUGGAGGACGAGCAGCUGGAGGUAAGAGAAAUGGCCGCCACUACUCUCAGCGGCUUCCUUCAGUGCAAUUUCCUGUCCAUGGACGCCCCCAUGCAGGCACAUUUUGAGGUUCUCUGCAAGACCCGCUUGCCUAAGAAGAGGAAGAGGGAGCUCGGCUCUACAGUGGACACUAUACCUUCUGCUGACCUGAUGCGGCGCCAUGCAGGCGUUCUCGGGUUGAGCGCUUGUAUUCUCUCCAGUCCAUAUGAUGUGCCCACUUGGAUGCCCCAGCUGUUGAUGGACCUGAGUGCUCACCUCAAUGACACACAACCCAUUGAAAUGACUGUGAAGAAAACUCUGUCAAACUUCCGACGGACUCACCAUGACAACUGGCAACAACAUAAGCAGCAGUUCACAGAUGACCAGCUCCUGGUCCUGACUGACUUACUGGUCUCCCCCUGUUACUAUGCCUAAAACCUGAUACCAGCCUGCAUUGGGGAGGAGGCUCUAGUUCUUAACUGAAAGACACAGCAUCACCCUGGAAGAAGAGUGGCACACAAAGCAACUGAGUUGUGGCACCCAGAAGGAUUGACAAGUUGUGUAUUCAUGUAUUUAGCUCCUUGACAUUUCUACUAUACUUAAUAUUUAAGGAUCAAUCAUAGCAGGAAUGAAUGACCUGCAGUUUGUAACAUUACUGUACAGUUUUAUUUCCUCUUUUUUUGGUUUGUUUGUAUGCAUGUGCACGGGUGUAUGUGUGUGUGUGUGUGUGUGUGUGUGUGUGCGCUUUUGUGGGAUGCUUGAAGAGACAUCUGCCAGUGUCCCAUACAUUUCUCAGGAUUCUAUCCCAAGUAUCAACUCUGAGCCAUCAUGAUGUCCAGUGUCAGACACACUCUUUACUAUCUCCCAAUAGCGAAGUGUUCGUUUCAAGCCACCUGUCUGCAACACACAAUGUUUGUGUGGCUGUUUGAUCUAUAUGUGAUUAUAUGCAUCGUGCAUGUGUGUUAUCAUCGUGUAGCAAAUAUGCACAAACAUAUUUAUUUAUUUAUUUGACUUUUUUUGAAGUGCUAAGUUUUAAUUUUUCAUAGAAGGUAUUUCUGAGAUUGCAGAGCUUUUAGCAAAGGAGCCAAUUGUCAUCUACUCUUGCAAGAAAGGGAGAGGGCAAGCUCCCCACUGCUGUGCUGUGUGAUGCGUUUGCUGUGAGAACUGUUUGAUGACCAUUUCAUGUGUCUCGUUGCAAGAAAAUAACCACACCGCCUGUCUGUAAUCGUGACCUCUUCCCCUAUUAUCCCUCGCAUCAUUUACCUUUUUCUAAAAACCCACUGAGAUGAGAGAAAAUGUACUUGGUUUGCUUUUCCCUGAUGACUUGAAAUCAGUCCAAGCAUUUAGUACCUCACUUAUGUAUAGUGUAGUGCCAAAACUGCAGUGAUAUUUUUUUUUCUCUUUUUAGAUGUACUGUUUGCUUAUUGAAUGAGAUGUUAAUAAAUUGUUUGUAAAAAA